GAUUUCCCGCAUCGGCUCCUCGCACUGGGCCCUCUAUGUGGGCGAUGGUUAUGUGAUCCACCUGGCUCCCCCAGGGGAGAACUCUGAGGCUGGCGCCCCCACCGGCUUAGGGAAGGUGAAAAGGCAGCUCCUCGUGGAAGUGGUCGGACACUGCUUCUAUAAGGUCAACAACUACUUGGACCACCUGUACAAACCACAGCCCAUAAAUGAGAUGCUCAGAUCUGGGAUUGAGAUGGUUGGUAAGGAGAUGGAGUACAGUGUUCUGAGCAGGAACUGUGAGCACUUUGUCACCGAUCUGAGAUAUGGCAAGGCCCGCAGCCGGCAGUUUCUUGAAGAGCCCGAGCCUGGAGACCUGAUUGAGAUUUCCCGCAUCGGCUCCUCGCACUGGGCCCUUUAUGUGGGCAAUGGUCAUGUGAUCCACCUGGCUCCCCCAGGGGAGAACUCUGAGGCUGGCGCCCCCACCGGCUUAGGGGUGGUGAGAUGGCAGCUCCUGGUGGAAGUGGUGGGAAACUGCUCCUAUAAGGUCAACAACCACUUGGACCACCUGUACAAACCACGGCCCAUAGAGGAGAUGCUCAGAUCUGGGAAGGAGAUGGUUGGUAAGGAGAUGGAGUACAGUGCUCUGAGCAGGAACAGUGAGCACUUUGUCACUGAUCUGAGGUACGGCAAGGCCCGCAGCCGGAAGCCUGGAGACCUGAUUGAGAUUUCCCGCAUCGGCUCCUCACACUGGGCCCUCUAUGUGGGCAAUGGUUAUGUGAUCCACCUGGCUCCCUCAGGGGAGAACUCUGAGGCUGGUUCCCCCACCGGCUUAGGGGAGGUGAAAAGAGAACUCCUGGUGGAAGUGGUGGGAAACUGCUCCUAUAAGGUCAUCAACCACUUGGACCACCUGUACAAACCACGGCCCAUAGAGGAGAUGCUCAGAUCUGGGAAGGAGCUGGUUGGUAAGGAGAUGGAGUACAGUGAUCUGAGCAGGAACUGUGAGCGCUUUGUCACCGAUCUGAGAUACGGCAAGGCCCGCAGCCGGCAGCUCUGCCACUGCCUCCAUCUGCAGCGGUAG